CACAAACACUUGUAGAAAAUUAUAGUAGCGGGUAGAGUGUUGAACUAACGAUAAACGUGAAAGAAUUCGAACAAUCGGAGAUUGUUGCUAGAAACCGGCCGAUCAAUCGAGAAAUUGGACAACGCUGAAGUUUACAAAUUUAUCACAUAUAAAGUGCUCGUAAAUGAUAACUGGACUUCGUCCAGCAAAGUCGUCUCACUUUCAGUGAGAAACACUAGCGGAAUAUUCGCUCACGUAAAACGGAAUAAUUGUUCACAUUGGAACGAACAAUAUACGAAAACAGUAUACAAAAUAUAGACUGCGUUUAACUUCCCACUAGCCGAUUAUAAGUGGCAAUGUUUGUUAAUACAUAAUUCCACUAAUUGUUUAUUCACAAAAACUGAUCGUGCUUUCUUAUUAGUUUCGAUCACUGGGAAUUUUAUAAAUAGUACAAAUUAAAGGAUACAUUAGUGCGAAGAAAGAGAUAAAAAAAAGCUUUGUGUGAACAAUAUGAGUAAACACCAUAAUUCACCGAUAAACUUCUAUGAAGUUCGAACAUCUAAACCUCAAACGCAGUACGCAGUUCAAAGGUUCGCUCCUCAAACGUUUGCAUUUCUAGUGAAUGCGCCUCAAAUGCCUGUGCCUCGAAUGCCUGUACCUCAAACGUUCAAACCUCGAAUGCCUGUGCCUCGAACGUUCGAGCCUCAGGGUCCUCUGCUUCAAACGUUCACACCACAAACAUUUACGCCUCAUAUAAUCCAAAUAAAUGCGCCUCGAGCAAUUUUGCCACAAUCGAUUAUACUUCAGCCGAUUGUACCUCAAGCAAUUGCUCCUAGAACGAUUAUGCCUCAAACGUUUGCUCCUAGAACGGUUAUGCUUCAAACGUCGCAGGUUGUUCCUCCUGCGUCUUCAAUGUCUAUGUUAACGAUAAUAACGCCACAACAGUCGCAUGCAAUCCAGCAUAAUAAUUUACAAUCUAGCAAUCUCGUGUAUGCACAAAAAUCACAGAAUACUUCCAAGUUGCUAACAUCUAUUUGGAUGUACGAUCCUGAAUUACUUCCAAUCGGUCAUAAAAUUCCAGUGACUAUCUCUACGCCAUGGUACGGCGCUAAUUGGGAAAUAAUGGAUCCGUAUGACAUGGACGAGAUUUACGCGAAAAGUUCCCAUUGCGUACGUGAUCCGUUUUCUCACGUCAGAGCUAAUACCAUGCGCAAAUCAAACACUGCCGCUUAUCAACUAUCUGUCGAGUCAAUGAAAUCAUUAUGGAAGGUCCCAAUCACACAGCUAUAUGAGGCAUAUACUCUGCACAAACCGCAGCACCAGUCAGAAAUGAGCGAAACUUUGUCGAAAGAACAACAGAUGCUGAUGUCGCAAGAUUCCUUGAAUUUGAAUAUCAAUGAGCUUAUACCAACGUUCCAGAUGGAACAGUAAAUUGUUUAUCACAAUGCGUAGUGUAGUCUUGGCAUGAGCUGAAGAAGAAUUGGCAACGUCAGCAGCAAAUGCCGUAGAAUAAUAACGUGCGGGUGCUACUAUCGUGCGUAACACACGUAUCACGCGCACCGUACGACAUCCACAGCACGUCAAAAUUGUAGCAUGUCCCAAAAAUUUACGGUAUAGACCUAUUUAUUUAUCUAUCUUAAAAAAUUAAUAAUUAAAUUAAUAAUCAAACGCACAAUUCGCUCAAAGUUCGAAGUAAGGCCGGACUCGUGGCGGUCUCGGUGAAAAUAUUGGCUUAUACAAUAAGCAAUUUCGGAUUGUUCAAGUAAAACGAAAGACCAGUAUUUUUAUGUUGUGACGAUUUUCUGAAAUGCAUGUGCGUUUUUAUCUGUAAAUUUAUUUUUGUUUUUUGUUCUACAAUCUUCUGCGAUCCUUCGCGCAUAUUGUUCCAAAAGAUUAUAAUGACAUAAAUGUAUAAUUGUCUCAUUGCAUCUAAAAGAUUCAAGAUUGCUCAUUACACAAUCUUUCAUAUACCUACACGUUGGUAGAGCGAACGCUUGUUGAUACAAGCGAACAAUAUCAAGAAUCAUUUAUAUUUUGAGGUUCACUCAAUACAAAUAAGUGUAACGUAAUUUUUAACGCGAUUUUUAACGUUUACUACUGUGUGCGUUUUAACAUGCUCACUUUUACACGUGUUAUAUACAUAUUUUUAUUUUCAUUUUUACACAUAUGUAUUUAUAUUUUAAUCAUAAGCGAAGCGCGCGUUCGGCAAUACGCGUGAAAAAUUAAAAUGUCAUUUUUGUGUGCUUGUAUUUUCUGUACGAGAAAAUGUUAUUAUUACAAAUAUACGGAAUAUAACGUUAUUAUUACAAAUA